GGGGUUUGGGGUUUCCUCCCGGCGCUGGAAGCCCAACCCAGGAAAUUCUUCCGGGCAGCCUCUCAAGCCCCUCUUUGUGCUCUUGGGAUUUUUAACAUUCCCGGCGGCUGCGGAUGGGGUGCCCGGUGCCGGACGGGUGCCCGGUUCCAGAUGGACUGCGCAGCUCUCCCAGGCUGUGCCGGGAUGGAUGGGAUGGGAUCUGGUGUGGAUUUAGGGGAUGCGGCUGCCCAUUCCCACUCAUCCCAUCGGAGCCAAGCGCUGCACCGCUCACCGGGGUGCCACGGGGACCCUGUGCCACCCCCGGGGGAUCCUCAGCGUCCUUUAUCGGCGUGGAUUUGCCGUGGGAUGAAGGGCUGGCGCUGCUGCUCCCUGCUGGGUCUCGGAGCCUGCUGUGGUGAGCAGCAGGACCCGUCCCGCGCUGCCACAUCCUCCCCUCCAAACCCCACUGGCUCUGCCAGGCCACAGCGCUGGCCUUGCUGACAAGGCGUCACAGAUUUCCUGCCUUGCUCCAGCUCCUGGGAACGACCUUGGAUGUUUCAGCUGCACCGCCGGGUGCCUGGGACCCCCUGUCCCCGGGGGAGGAACCCGCCAGCCUUGGGGGACAAGAGGAAGCGGCGGUGGCUGCUGACACCCUGCGAGGACCUGGGUCCCCUCCCCGGAAGGAAAGCGCUGCCGCCGCUGGGGACCCUCAGGAGCCGCCGCUGCCAUGCCGGUGACUGUGACACUGCCCGGCCCGGCCCCGUGGGGCUUCCGCAUCUCCGGGGGAAGAGAUUUCGGGAAGCCCAUCACCGUCUCCAAGGUGACAGAGCACGGGAAGGCGGCCAUGGGUCACCUCCGGCCUGGGGAUGUCAUUGUCACCAUCAAUGGGGAGAGCACCGCCGAGAUGCUCAACGUGGAGGCACAGAACAAGAUCAAGCAGAGCCCCGGGCAGCUCCGGCUGGAGGUGGAGAGGUCCCCGGUGCCAUCUUCCAGCCACACCAACGGGGACACCUCCCCUGAGAGGUUGGCCACGCACUUCCAGGACAUGCUGCGGAUGCAGAGUGAGAGCCAAGGUACCCUGAGAACCCUCGACCCCAGCCUGGCAUCCCUCACCCACCCACCGGGCAGUGCCAGCUCACAACACUUGGAGCAGGAGUUCACCUGUCCCAGCCUCCGCCAGGAGCGAGGACGCCUGAGCCACCAGAACAGCUCCCAGGGACCUGUCCUACCUCCACCCCCCUGCCCACCCUCAGCGGAGCUCGGAGCCCCCCAAAACCCCUGGGAAAGCCUGAGGGAGAGGCGCAUCUCCUCACCUUCUCCCAACACCUGCCACAGCCAGGGCUCGGAGCCGGCCAUGAGGCGCUUGGAGGAGGACUCGGAGGUCUACAAGAUGCUGCAGGAGAACCGGGAGCUGCGGGCAGCCCCGCGGCAAUCCAGCACCUUCCGCCUGCUCCAGGAGGCUCUGGAGGACGAGGAAGGAGGAGGUCCUGCGGCCCCCUUCCCCAGCCGGCUCUCGGCCGCUGCCCGCAAACCCGUGGCCGGGGUGCAGAAGCUGCACGUCUGUGAGAAAUGCGGGAGCAGCAUCGCGACACAGGCGGUGAGGAUCCAGGACGGCCGCUACCGGCACCCGUCCUGCUACACCUGCGCCGACUGCGGCCUCAGCCUGAAGAUGCGAGGCCACUUCUGGGUGGGGGACGAGCUGUUCUGCGAGAAACACGCCCGUCUGCGCUACCAGGGACCCCCGGGGGGACCCGUCCCCCGCCCGGUGUCCCCCCGCUCCUGAGCCCCGGCACCGUGUGAUGGGGUCACUGCCAGCAUCCCCCGGGGCUGUCCCACCCCACUGCGGUAGGGCUGGGCAGGGGGGCUGAAGGCACUCCCAGCUGGGGAUGGAUGGGAUUCGGGGGGAGGAUGCGAUGCAGCCGCCCAUCUUCACCCCUUUGUGGGUGUGUGUGGUGAGCUGGGGGGGUUCUCAGC